AUGCUUUCUUUCAAGAUCACCACAGCUUUGAUUGCUACUGCUCUGCUUAACUUUGCAACUGCUCAAUAUUCCAUUGACCCCUCAAGUGUUCCAUUGGCUACUCGUAAAUCAUGGUGCCAAUCUCAAACACAAACUUGUCCAUCUCUCUGCUUGCAAAAUGGUGGAAAUGAUUCAAGCACCGAGACUAACACUUGUGAUCCCGAUACCCUCAACUAUGCAUGUAUUUGCGGCAACGGUCUCUCUCCAAAUGCAUCCGAAUAUUCUCUAACCCUUCCUUACUUCAUCUGUACUCAAUACGCCACCAACUGCGUCGCUGCCUGUAACGGAGACAAUAACUGCCAAGCAGCCUGCAGAGAUGACCAUCCAUGCGGAGCUCAAAACCCAACUCGUGUCAAUACCACCAGCAGUGCCACUCAAAGUUCAACCGGUACAGCAGGAGCAUCUAGCACAAACCAAGUUGCAUAUACAGGAUUAGGUGGAUCAUCUUCAACAUCUACUCCUAAGAGCGGUGCUGCUCAGAUGACUAUGGAUUUUGGAAAAUCAUAUGGUUUGGCUGUUAUUUUUGCCGGCGUUUUUGCGGGUUUUACUUUGGUCAUGUAG